GCGCGGGAACCAUGCCCCUACAAGCUCCGAUGGCGGUGACGUCGUUCUAGACGCCGAUGCCGCAACCAUCACCUUUCCAGCCCCAGCUGGUCAGCACCAUGGCCCCUGUCAACUUGGCCGGUGCACUUAACGCUGCAGGGCCGUCGCGUCCCCCGCAAGCUACGGAUCCGCAUGUCACUCCUGACGGUCAUUGCGUCUCGAUUGAGAGCGAUGACGACGAGUGGGACAUCCCGAGGGCCCACAAGAAGAAGAAAGGAAAAAACAUCCGGCCAGCGACCUCCCGAAACUCCGCCUUCGAAAGGCUGGGGGAUAGGGAGGAAGGCCAUAGGAAGUCAGCCAAGCAGAGGCUGGGGCAGAGUGUUGCCCAUGUCAGCGCGUUCGCCCGGCUAGGCGAGGUGCGGGAGGCCGAGCCUGCCCGCACCCGGCGCUCCCGGUCUAACCAGCAGGAGCCAGCGAGGACGAGGGCCUCCCACCAGGAAGGGGAGGCAGAAAGCCAGCCCAGGUUACCGGUGGCGAACCGGUUAACCAUCCCAAACGACCGCAUCCAGCAGAUGGAGGCAAAGCUGGAAAGACUGGAAAAGAAGGUCGGGGAGAAGAAUGACCGGGACAAACCCCUGGCAGGGUCCCCGUUCACCACAAGGGUCCAUCUGACACCUUUCCCGCGAAAGGUCAAGAUCGACGCCCCCAGAUUCACCGGGAAGGAAGAUCCGGAAAUCCACCUAGACUUCUUCAACCAGAGUGCGACCAUGAACGGUUGCACCGAUGAAGAAAAGUGCCUACUUUUCUUCCAAACCUUGCGGAACCGAGCCACUGAAUGGUUCAAUAAGCUUCGCCCGGGAAGCAUUGACUCGUUCAGUGAUUUGGCCUCAAAAUUCAAGGCCAAGUUCCAAGAGAAUUGUACUAAGAGGAAGAAGUUCACCUAUCUUAGUACAGCCGGGCAGAAGGAGUCUGAGAACCUCACUCAGUUCCUUACCCGGUGGAAGGAAGAGGUAGACAAGGUGGAAGAGAUGGAUGACAAGACCGUCCUCUCCCUACUCUUGAAUGGCUUGCGUGCUGGGGAACUAUA